AUGAGAAUGCUCAGUUUGACGAGUGAAACCACAGGAGAUGCUCGUUUGGCUUUGAGUCGAGCACUACCGAUAUUCCGCAAAAUCACUAUCACCAGAUGGCCCAAGUGGUUAGAGCGCGAAUUUACUCACCAGCAGGUCCGUGGUUCGAACCCGACCUCUGCAUCUCGAUUUCUUCUAUCUAGGCUUGGGCAACCUGGUAGUAUCCCAGCCCUCGUGCGACCUUCUGUGGCAUGGCAGUCAGGCACCGAAAGGGUGCUACAUCUGAACGACAAUUUUUUAUUUAAUCACCAGAUACUGGUGCUGUUGAUAUGCGUUUGCUCAUGA